AUGGCCGACAUCCACAAGAUUGUACCCGACCCCCUAUCGCAAACCGAGGCCACUACGAGCUCGAAGAUCCCGGCACUCAACGAGGACGGCUCGAAUUGGGUCCUGUAUAAGGCCCAGUUCUUAGCCGCCGUUUACGCGAAGGGCCUCCGGCGCUACCUUGAGGGUACGGAGCGCGUUCCGCAAGCGCCCACGGCUCCUGGUGUGGACUCCGACGCCGACGAACGGUACGAGACGGCGGUCGACAAGUGGCUGGGCAACCACUCGACCAUCAAGACACUCCUUUUCCAGACGGUUCCCGAGUCCCUCAAGCUCGACAUCGCCUCCAAGAGCCGUGCCAACGAGGCAUGGGCGCUUGUAUCUGCCAAGUAUGACAACCAAGGCGACUUCGUUCAGGUCAACAUCCUCAACCGCAUGCACCAGCUCCGAUGCGAGGAGGGAGGCGACCCCCGACCGGUCCUCACCCAGCUUGCGCGACUUCGCUCAGAGUACGCGACGGCCGGUGGUACGCUCUCGGACGAGCAGUACAAGGUCUUCAUCCUCGGCAUCCUCCCGCUCUCCUACCGU